GAGGGAGCUGUCCAAGAGAAGGAAGGGCGGGGAGCGAGAGAGGGAGGCCCGCAGGACGUAGGCAUCUAGAGGACCCGCUACCCACUCCUAAGCUACCUCCAGGGCAUCUGGAGCCGUUUGGCCCCAGUGUGCUACCGUAGAAGCCCGUUCCCCGGGUCUCCUUGCUCAACAUGGCCGCCGUUCCCCGCGCCCCAGGGGGAUUCCCCGACCACAUCGCGGCGGGCCUCGCGCACUGGAGCAAAUAGUGGCACCGAGUCGCGUGCCUGGUUCCUCCUCUUGGAGAAGGGCUGCGCGCGCACGCGGGCGUGCCUACCCACACACCUCCACCUCUGCCCGUUUCCCCCGCCAAAACACUCCUCCCGCGGGGUGGGGCGGGGGGCGGAGGCGGGGGCUGGGAGGUCCCUUCCGGGGGUUGGAAACUCGAGGGGCCGCGUCAGGCCUGGCUCGGCCCCGGAGGCUCCUCCUCCUCCCUGCUCCGGGCACUCCUGUCUCCGCCCGCCCAGCGCGGGGGAGGGGAGGGAGGGCGGCCACAGACCCAGACGGCCUGGGCGACUCCUUCGGGAAACUCUGUGGCCGUGGCUGGGGAGGGAAAGCAACCCUGCCUCCGCCACUGUCCCCCCGCCCCAACCGGGGUGGGUCACCCCACCACCCUCUCUGAGGAAGGGUGGGAAGGAAAGAAGCACCCGCGAGGGGCACCAUGUUCUCUCUCAAGCCGCCCCGACCCACCUUCAAGUCCUACCUCCUGCCGCCCGCUCCUCCACCUCAGGAUGAAGAUAGGAGUAUUCCUGAACCCAAGAUUAAAAAGCUGGACCCGGUGCUUUUGCCAGGCGAAAUAGUCGUAAAUGAAGUUAAUUUUGUGAGGAAAUGCAUUGCAACAGACACAAGUCAAUAUGAUCUGUGGGGAAAGCUGAUAUGCAGUAAUUUCAAAAUUUCUUUUAUUACAGAUGAUCCAAUGCCAUUUCAGAAAUUUCAUUAUACAAACCUUCUCCUUGGUGAACAUGAUGUACCUUUAACAUGUAUUGAGCAAAUUGUAACAGUAAAUGACAACAAAAGGAAACAGAAGAUACUAGGCCCCAACCAGAAACUCAAAUUUAAUCCUACAGAGCUAAUUAUCUAUUGUAAAGAUUUCAGAAUUGUCAGAUUUCGCUUUGAUGAAGCAGGUCCUGAAAGUGCCAAAAAGGUGUGCCUUGCGAUAGCUCAUUAUUCUCAGCCAACUGAUCUCCAGCUACUCUUUGCAUUUGAAUACGUUGGGGAAAAGUACCACAAUACAGCUAAAAAUAUUAAUGGAAUAGACUCUGGAAGUGGAGGAAUACCUGGUGGUAAUAGUCAAAAAACUCCUUUAUUUGAAACUUUCUCUGAUUGGGAUAGAGAAAUCAAAAGGACAGGUGCCUCAGAAUGGAGAGUUUGUUCAAUUAAUGAGGGCUACAUGAUUUCUACUUGCCUUCCAGAAUAUUUUGUAGUUCCAUCUUCUUUGGCAGAUCAAGAUCUAAAGCUCUAUUCUCAUUCUUUUUUUGGGAGGCGGAUGCCAUUAUGGUGCUGGAAUCACUCUAAUGGCAGUGCUCUUAUAAGAAUGGCCCUCAUAAAAGAUGUAUUGCAACAGAAAAAAAUAGAUCAAAGGAUUUGUACUGCAAUAACCAAAAGUCAUCCACAGAGGAGUGAUGUGUACAAAUCUGAUUUGGAUAAGAAUUUGCCUAGUAUUCAAGAAAUACAAGCUGCAUUUGUAAAACUUAAGCAACUCUGUGUUGAUGAGCCUUAUGAGGAAACAGAAGUGAAAUGGUUGUCUUCACUGGAAAAUACUCGCUGGUUAGAGUAUGUUAGAGCAUUCCUAAAGUAUUCUGCUGAGCUUGUAUAUGUGCUGGAAAGUAAACAUCUUUCAGUUAUCCUUAGAGAGGAAGAAGGAAGGGAUCUGAGUUGUUUCGUAGCUUCUCUCAUUCAAGUGAUGCUGGAUCCUCAUUUUCGAACAAUUACUGGAUUUCAAAGUUUGAUACAGAAAGAAUGGGUCAUGGCAGGAUAUCGAUUUCUAGACAGAUGUAACCACUUAAAUAGAUCUGCAAAAGAGUCUCCCUUAUUCUUGUUAUUUCUGGACUCCAUCUGGCAGCUGUUAGAGCAAUAUCCAGCAGCCUUUGAAUUUUCAGAAACUUAUUUAAUGUUGCUGUAUGACAGUACACGGAUCUCAUUGUUUGGCACUUUUCUUUUCAACUCUCCUCAUCAGCGAGUAAAACAAAGCACAGAAUUUGCUAUUAGCAAAAAUAUACAACUCGGUGAUGAAAAGGGCUUAAAAUUUCCGUCGGUUUGGGACUGGUCUCUUCAAUUUGCAGCAAAGGAUCGCACCCUUUUUAAUAAUCCCUUAUACAUUGGAAAGAGUGCACCAUGUGUACAAAAUGGGUCAGUGAAAUCAUUUAAGCGGACAAAGAAAAAUUAUAGCUCUACAUUAAGAGGAAUGCCACCUUCCUUUAAGAAUGGACUCAUCAAUGAUCAAGAUUUGCUUCCAAGGAGAAAUUCACUAAUAUUGAAAUUAAAGACUGAUAUAGAGCAAACUGACAGCCAGAGCACUGAUAUGGAGCAAUAUUUUAGAGACUGGUUUUCAAAACCUGUUGACCUGCAUGGUGUAAUUCUACCCCGCAUUUCGGGAAUACACAUAAAACUGUGGAAACUCUGCUACUUCCGUUGGGUUCCAGAGGCUCAGAUUAAUAAUGGUGGCUUCAUUACAGCAUUUCAUAGAAUAUCUCUUCUGACAGAUGAAAUAGAUAUGCUCAGCAGGAGUCUUCGACAGUACAAGAGCAAUUCCUCGCAAUCCAGCUAUUCAGAACUGGAUCAGAGUAGGAUGUACUUUAAAGCAAAUGGUAUAAAUGAUACAUCUGGGACGCCAGAGUUUCUUUCCUCUUCAUUUCCGUUUUCACCUAUAGGGAACCUUUGCAGAAGAAGCAUUUUAGGAACACCAUUAAGCAAAUUUUUAAAUGGUGCCAAAAUAUGGCUGUCUACUGAGACACUAGCAAAUGAGGACUAAAAUGUACUUUAUGAACAUUUGGAAGAAAAUGGGAAAUCUUUUUCCUCCAAGUUAACAUUGCUAACUGUGGCAUCUGAAGGUGUAAUAAUUUUAUAUAUGAGAAUAAUAGUUGAAAUUUGCACAAAUAUUUAAAAGCAAACCGAAUCAUGCUUCAAUCGCACAAUUUUUAAAGCAUAAACUUUGAUUUUGAUUUCCUUUCCCUGUUUUUUUUAGGUCUGGCUCAUUUUCAGGUGAUCUGAAAGCAGAAAUUUCAUUUACUACUUUAGGGGAUGAAUAUGAUUAUGCUAAUCAAAUUAUUAUUAUUAUUUGCUGUAUCUAUUUUCCAACUGCCAAAUGAGGUUUCUCUGAUUGCAGUUCAAGGAAGCAAAAACAAAUAUAUGAAACAAAAAAAAAUCCAGAACAACCACAUGAUAUUGCCAAAAAGGUUGACAAGAGUAGGAACAUAACUUUGAAACUAGGUUUUAGUAUUUCUAUAUUUACAUAAUUCUCUAGUUACAUUAUCUCUUAAUUGGUUCUGACUAAUGCUUAUAUUAGUGCACUGAGGCCAUAAUUUAUUUUUUUAAAUCAUCUUGUCAAAUAAGGAAUCUUUAGAACAAGGUUUUAAAAUUUUAUGCCCUUCCCUUUACUACACAGGAACUAACUUUAAAAUGAUAUGCACUGUUAAUCUUGAAAUGUUUGCUGUAGAUAAUAUAAUUAUAGCCUUAGAAGUGCCUUUAAUUGAAAUGAACUUUUUAAGAUAUGUAUAACACACAGUGAAAUGUAAUUUCAUUUUUAAAUAGGAUGUUAAAAUCCUAAAGUGUAUUGUAAAUAUCAUUUUCCUAUUCAGACUCAUAAAACAAACUGGAAAUUUUGGAAAGCCAUUAUUUGGGGCCUUUAAACAGCAUAGAACUUUUAAGUGCCAGUAUGCAGAAUGCUUUGUCAGUUAGAAUGAACCUUUAUUUAGAAAGAUCUGAAUUUGACAGAAAGGUUUAAUUUGGAUUUUGGUAAGUCGUUGUCAAAAAAUGAAGUGCUUCUUUUUGUGUUAUACUGUUUGCUCAUGUUUAUAUAGGGGAAAACUCAAGUCUAUACUGUGAAGAUUCAAAUUUUCGUUUUUCCCUCUCUUGAAGGAAUAUCUGCUAUCUAAAGAAAAGGAAGUAUUCAUUGUAUGUGUCACUGACAUUUGAUAAAUUUAACUAAUCUCUUAUUAGAAAAAUUCAAAUCACCUACUCAGAUAAUGGGUCUAAAUAGUCAACAAAGAAUAAACUGUUGGGCCUAAAGGACAGAAGUAGAAAAAGUAAGAUCUCUCAAAUGCUAUUCUUAUUUUGAGUAGGAAAGGGAGAGAAAAGAACUUGUCUUCUGCUUGCACCUAUUUUUGUUAGAAACUUAAACAGAGGAUAGGGACAAGUGAAGGAGAAUUAAGGAAAUAAGGACACAGCAGUGCACUUCAUGUUUGGGGAUAUUUUGUUCAGCCACUUAAUUAAACUAUUGUAAUAUGCACAUAUUCAUUGCAAUAGCAUUAAUACCCUUUCCCUUUUAGGAGUGAUUUAAACCUUGGCCAAAGACAUGUUCAGAUUGAAGCUUUAGAUAGGAGAGCUCCAAUAUAGGAUCUUGGUUUUGAGUCUUUUUUUUCUACACUUCUUCCCUCUUUCCCCAUUCCCCGUUUAAAGGGUUAUACUCUUAAAAAGGUAACCAGAUUGUUUACAGUUUCUUAAACUGCCAACUUAUUUGGGAUCUUUAAAUUUUUGACUUGAUAAAAUAACUAGUCAACAUAUUUCACUUUGAAAAAGUGACUACUGCCCAGGAACAAUAAGUUUUUGUGUUUUUCAAGGUUUUCUAAGAUUGUGUCAUACUUGUAUAUUUAAUGAGUAGCUGUUUCUAUUUGAUGGAUAAUUUGCCUUUUUAUAAAAUUGUUUGAAUGGUUAUUGAUUGCUUCUUGGACUAAAGAGGCAGAGAUGUUUUUGUAACUUGUCUUAAGAAUUUUGUCUUGUUUAUAAAUUCAAAGUUUUGCUAGCCUGUUGGAUAUAAAAAUAAGGGUUACUUUUAGUUUAUAAUGGAAACUUCUUGUUUGUAAACAUUUAUAAUUGCUUAUUGAUUGAAAAUCAAUUCUUUGUUCCUCAAAGUGCUAUAGAUUUCCAUCCCAUUUAUUUCAAGUUUUUUUCUCUUUUUGAAGCUGCUUCAUUGUUAAUAUAGUAUGUCGACUGUUAUGAAUUCAAACAUUUGGGCUUAACUAAUAGUCUACAGUUGUCUUCCCUUACCCAUGCAAUUCAUCUUUUUGUUAACUUUUGAAAAAAAUAUAAGUUUUCAAAUUAGGUACUAUUAAUGCUGAUUUAUAAAAAAUAGAAAAAUCUUUAUAAGCUUAUUUUUAUAAUUUUCUAGUUAAAAUCUGCAUUGGUUUUCAUUGAUCUAUUAUAAUAAUUAUUGUACCAUAUUGUACACAAAAUGAACAACUGCUGAAAAUUUACUUCCUUACAGAGUGGGUGAAACAAAACUGCAUUGAGGUACUGCUAACAAGAAGUGAUGUGAUGGCAGAGGUCAUGGUAGUGUAAACUGAGCACAACUACAGUACAUAGACUGUACCAAAGAAAUCUGUAAUACUGUAGAAUUCUAUAUUAACAUUCCUAUUAACAACCUUGUUUUUGCAAUAAUUGUGCCAAUGUGCUUUCAGUGAUAUAACGUAAAAUGUACAGUGCCUGGCCACUUAUGCUCAGAUGGAAAUUUAUAUUAAAACCAAAAACGUUUGUAAUCUUUUAUUUAAGUAAAGGAUGACUUAUACUAAUAAACAAACUUUUCCACACAUCUUUUAGUUACAAUAACUACUCAUGGCAGUAAACUCAGUUUUGUAAAAGUUGACAUUAAGUAAAAUAUGAAACCUUUGUGCCUAACAAUGACUGUUACUUGAGUUCAGUAGGAUUUGGCAGGAAUAUUAGAAAUCUUGUCAUUAAUAGGUGAUGAAUGUGAAGGAGAUCUUGAUUGCUGAAUAAAGUUUUUAUCUUAUCUGCA